CUCGAAAGUUGGAAAAGAUUACAGCCGUCCGUUCAACCGUUAAGGGUUUCUCCUCUCCCUCUACCUCUUCUUCUCUUCCGCUUUCCAGUCUCACUCUCUCCCCGUAUUUACAUAUAUUCGUCGGAAACCGCUUUUCGGAACCAAAAUAAGCGUUUUGCCGAUUCAUACAGAUCGGGACAGGCCGAGUCGAUCCGCGUUUCGGAGGCUGAAUUCCGUUUUUUGAAGACUGAAAAUGGCGGGCGAAAAGAAAAUCGAGAAACCUGAGCCUGUGGCUAUAGGAUUGAAGUCAGAAUCUGUUGCUGGAUUGGGUGAGCAAGAAGUACUGGCUUCUGGAAAAGAUGGGGUACCGGGUAAUUCAACCUCCUCCUUAUCCUCGUUAGCGGAUGCUACCUCUAGCACCAAAGGUGAGACUGAUCACGGGUCAGUUGGAGAGCAUGGUGUUCACCAUCCACCUACUAGCAGUUACAAUUAUUAUUACCCAGGACACAAUGGAUCCUUUACUCAGUUGGAUGAUCAUUAUAGUAAUCUUCAUGCGGAUGGUUCUCAUACAGGUAUGCAAUCUGACAAUGGUUCGCUGGUCUAUUACUUGCCUGGCUUUAACCCAUAUGCUUCUGGGACUCUUGUGGGUGCCGAUGGACAGUGUGCUGGUCAACAACAAUAUUUUCCUUCCUCAGGAUAUGUUCAGCAACCUGUCUCCUAUGGAUCAGAAGCUGUGCCUUGUUAUUCAUGGGAUGCAACAUUUGUUGGGGAUGUUCCAAAUGGAACCACUGCCGGUUUUGUAAAUACACAAUGUGCUCCAGGUUCAACUACUUUUGCAAAGUCAAAUGGCUUCAACUCUAUGAAAAUCAAUGGCAACACUGCUAGCAAAUUUUCAAAGUCUAUUCCGCAUUCAACACCUAUCAGAACACUGAACAAGGUGCCUCAUUUACGUUCUGAUGUCUCAAAAGGCCUUUUGAAGGGUUACCAUCCAAUGGGAAAUUUGUCUUCAUUUACUUACCAAAAACAAGGUAUGUUCCCCCAUAAUGGUCAAAUGAACUACAGACCAAAUGGGAGAGUAUGGAAUGUGAACGAUAGAAGUAAGCCGAGAGACAAAUACAACAGGAAUGGAGAAUUUGAAGCUCCAACUGAGCUAACUCGCGGUCCUAGGGUUCACAACAAAAGUGCUUCUUCAGACUCAACUGGUGAAAAGGUAGACUUGGGAAUCUCAAUCUGCAGAGAUCAAUACAAUCUUCAAGAUUUCCAAACUGAUUAUGAAGAUGCGAAGUUCUACAUCAUCAAGUCCUACAGUGAAGAUGAUGUCCAUAAGAGCAUUAAAUAUGAUGUUUGGUCCAGUACCCCAAAUGGAAAUAAGAAGCUAGAUGCAUCAUUCCGUGAUGCUGAAAUAAAAGCAAGUGAGAAAAGUAGCAAGUAUCCAAUCUUCCUCUUCUUCUCGGUUAAUGGAAGUGGACAAUUUUUGGGUGUCGCUGAGAUGAUUGGGCGGGUGGACUUUGAUAAAGACAUGGACUUUUGGCAACUUGACAAGUGGAAUGGUUUCUUCCCAGUAAAGUGGCAUAUAAUAAAAGAUGUUCCUAACACUCAGUUGCGGCACAUUAUCCUUGAAAACAAUGAUAACAGGCCCGUGACUUUUACCCGGGACACUCAAGAGAUUGGACUCAAGCAAGGUUCGGAAAUGCUGAGUAUUUUUAAGAGUUACACAGAAAAAACAUCUUUGUUAGAUGAUUUUAAUUUUUAUGAAAAUCGGGUGAAGUCUCUUCAUUCCAAAAGCAGUAAGCCUGCAACUCAACAAAUGGAAAUGUAUAGUAACGGCAAUAUUUCUAGUAAUUCUGGGGGCACCAAGAGAAGUACUGAUCCCAGUUCGCUUAUCAAUCUCACUAAAAAUCUCUCCCUCAAUGCCUCCCCUCUGAAGAGUAAUUCUGUAAAGAAUCCUCCGAUAGCAAAUUCAAUUCCUUCGGUCUCCGCAACAUCGGCAUUUUAGAUGUUUUAUUGUUAGUUGCCAUGCUGUAGGCUUAGAGCUCCCCUUCCCCCCCUCUUCUGUUCCCUCUCUAAUUUCAUUGUUUUUCCUUGUUGGUUUCUGCGUUUAUUUAUUUUCUUGUGUGGGUUUUUGAGUCCUGCGGUGAUGUUUCAACUUGUGUUUAGUUGGGAGUUUGGUUUCUACAAGUAUAUGUAGUUUCUUUUUUGUGUUUUAACUCCAGAUUUCAUCAGAGAUGAUUUUUAGCAUUCUAUUUUUCAGUUGGCUCAGGGAAUCUUAAGUUAUUAAUGAAAAAAAUAAUUUCAGUUGA